CCGCCCCGGCGCGGCCCUCGCAGAACAUCGCGGUGCAGACCGACUUCAGGACGGCCGAUGCGGACGUCAACACGGACCAGGACAUCGAGCGCAGCCUGGACAAAAUGAUGUCUGAGAGGGCUCUGCUGAAGGAGCGUUACCAGGAGGUGCUGGACAAGCAGAGGCAAGUGGAGAACCAGCUGCAGGUGCAGCUGAAGCAGCUGCAGCAGCGGAGGGAAGAGGAGAUGAAGAACCACCAGGAGAUUCUGAAAGCCAUUCAGGAUGUGACCAUCAAGCGCGAAGAGACAAAGAAGAAGAUGGAGAAAGAGAAGAAGGAAUUCCUGCAGAAGGAGCARGAUCUGAAGGCGGAGAUUGAGAAACUCUGUGAGAAAGGCAGAAGGUUGCUGAAAGAACAGGAGGAAAAGGAAAACAAGAUUGCUUCCCUGAUCGCAGAGCAGUCUGAUGAGAAGCAGCUGUGGGAGAUGGAGCUAGACAAGCUGAAGAACCAGCACAACGAAAUCAACAGGAACAUUCUCGAGGAGACAGAGCGGGCCUGGAAAGCAGAGAUCCUGUCCCUGGAGAGCCGAAAGGAGCUGCUCGUGCUGAAGCUAGAGGAAGCGGAAAAAGAAGCAGAGCUGCACCUCACUUACCUCAAGUCUGCGCCCCCGACGCUGGAGACCAUGCGGCCCAAGCAGGAGUGGGAGAUGAGGCUCAACAGGAUACGCAUGACCAAGGAAAGCGUGCGAGAUCAGUUCAAUGACCACAUUCAGAUGGUGAGAAACGGAACCAAGCUGAGCAGCCUUCCGCAGAUCCCAACGCCGACCCUGCCGCCUCCGCCCUCGGAAACAGAUUUCAUGCUGACGGCAUUCCAGCCCAACCCCUCCCUUUCUCCCAGGCUGCCCUUCCCCAUCGGACCGGUUCCCGUGCCCAUGGUCAUGCCAAGCGCUGACCCCCGGGCACUCUCCUUCCCGCUUCUGAACCCUGCCAUCUCCAGAGCUAACCAGCCCUCCCCGCCGCUGCCUGCUUCCCAAGGCAGGAGCAGCCCGGUCGUGGCGUCGCUUAUUGGCACGCACAGUCCCCACAUGGCGCCGGCUGCCUCCAUCCCUCCUCCGCCAGGUCUGGGAGGAGUUAAGGUCACUCCAGAGUUUCACGUGCCCCAGCCGGCUGAUAAGCUGGAAAAGCUGCUGGAGAAGCUGUUGACUCGGUUCCCGCAGUGCACCAAGGCCCAGCUCACCAACAUCCUGCAGCAGAUCAAGACCGCGCGGAGGACCAUGGCCGGGCUCACCAUGGAGGAGCUGAACCAGCUGGUGGCGGCGAAGCUGGCGGAGCAGCACGAGCGGGCCGCGGCCGGGGCUCAGCCGCUGAGCCGCAUCCGCGCGCCCCUCUUCUCCGCGCCGCUGCCGCAGAUCAGCACGCCCAUGUUCCUGCCUCCCGGCCAGGUGGCGUAUCCCGGAGCGGCGGCGGCACACAGCCCGGCGGCCUGCAAGCUGUGCCUCAUGUGCCAGAAGCUGGUGCAGCCCGGGGAGCUGCACCCCAUGGCCUGCGCGCACGUGCUGCACAAGGAGUGCAUCAAGUUCUGGGCACAGACCAACACAAACGACACUUGCCCCUUCUGCCCAAGCCUCAAAUGACGGCUGCCUGAACAAAGCGUCCCCCGCAGGAGUUGCUGUGAAUAGAGCGGAUCAGUUCUAAGAUUUCUACAGUUCUAUAUUUAUACGACCAUGUAUACACAUG